GGUUUUUAAAAGCUAUACACUGUACAAACUACUUUUCAUUCCAAAUCCCUGCACUUGACCAUCAUGAGUAUACAUGUACAUGUACAAAACUUCCGACAAUCAACGCACAUAACAAGUAUUCCACUUGACGCUCUGUGUACAGAGUGGGCGUGUCGUGAAAGAGGGCGGCCCGGUAGUACUGAAAAGCCAGGAAGUGAGGUGUUGGGGAUCAACAAGAGAUCUCGACAGCUUUGCCAACACACAGGAAGAGAUGACGACAAGCAUUCCUGGAAUAUUUCCCCCGGAGAGGCGUGGCACCACAGGUGGGUUUCCCCGGCAAGAAUCUUCCAGGAACAAAGACGCGGACAUCAGAGAAAAAAAGCGUUGACACUCACCUACUGACGUGAGCGCCUCAUUUACAUAUUCCUAGUAUUUUCCCCAAGUUUCCCACCUACAGAUAUAACAGGAUAUUACACCUGCAUGACUUACAUGUUAAAAAAACACCAUGGUGCCUAUAAAUAUGAGCCUCCUGAGGUCUACAUCACAGCGAAGACAACUUUCUUCUCCCUCGACACAAGCCUUCCAGCGACUGAGACCCUACGAUGGCAAAGAUGAUGGUGUGUGUGUUGGCAGUUUUCUGUGGCCUCCUGUAUUCUACAACAGCAGUUCCAGUCACAACUGUGGCUCCUGGUACAACAGUAACCCAAGCUCUAGAAGCCAGCCUUCAGAAGACAGCACACGUUUUGGCCCUCACAAUUGAAGCCUAUGGAAGCAUUAACACUGUCCACUUCAGUGGAACAGCCAGCUACCCAGAUGAGACCGUUCGUACUCUCCCAGACCCAGACGACUUCAUAACAGCCACCGACAUUGAAACAAGUGCAAUGCAGGAUUCGGAGGUUCUGACGACCCUGAAGGCUCAUCUGCACGCCUUUGAGAGACACCUGGAGACAGUCGAGCUGGAAGAGCUGACACUCGCACAAGAUGACACCACUGGACAGGUGCAAGGUGUGUACGAACAGGUCGCCAACGUCCACACCAAGACAACAGAGCUCCAGACUUCACUGGCUACUACGGCCAACGUUAUGGGUCACACCUUUGACAACACCAAUGAAGAGGUCAACCCUAACCCAAACCUUGACGAAUGGUCCAAGACCCUGCACGCGUACCUGACCUUUCGUGACUACGUAACGUUCCUUAGCAACCUGGAGCGCGUCUUCGCCGAGCUGGUGGAGCGGGAGAGCGUGGCUUGAGACGGCCAAGCUCCGUCCUAGCAACCGUCUUGUGUACCGUGUAUACUUGAUGAUACAUGCACAUUGUACGUUGCUUUUUUUUCUUGGAAUCUAUCCCAGUAAGGGGUAGCUUGUGAUGUCGUAUCUCACAAUGAGAUGUACGAUUACUAAUAGCUUACAAACAUCAUUAACAUGUUUUUUAUAGCGAUUGAGUGAUAGUAUUACAGACUUAUUACAUCGCAUUUUGUGCAAGGCUUGAUCAACUGUACUGCAUGCCAUUUGCAUUUUAAAACUAGAAAGAUCAUACCUAAUAACAUUUAAUCAUAGAUUUUGCCCUGUACUUUACAGUGAGCAAUAAUAAUAUGCUUUAUGCUUAGAACAUUGCUAUAAAAUAGUAAUAGAUAUAUGUUUUUAUAAGAAAGCAGGACAGGAAUUUAUUUUGUAGAGUCAAAAGACCAGUAUGUAAUGUAUAUGAGACUGUAUAUUAGCAAAAAGCUGAUAUACCAAGACUAGCUAUAGUAUAUGACAUUGUAUGAAUAGUCACUGACGAAAGGAGUGGAUGCUACUUCACUAAAGUGUAAGUAUGUAGAGAAAGAAAAACCAUAGUAUUCUGUAUUUUUCUAUUAAGCUGCUUCCAU